UAUUAUUUAACUUUUAUGUUUUUCUAAAUCUUUACAUAACAUAAACUUUUGACCUUAUAAUUAUCUUUAAAAAAGUAAAUGUGGUAUUCAGUUAUAACUAUUUCAUUUUAAACAAAUUAAAGUAUGGUAAUAUAUGUAUUCGAACCUCGACUUUAUGUUAAUAAAAUAGCAUACAAUGCAAUAGUUAACAAUAAAAUUGUCAACUCAUGAAGGUAUUCAAGCAUUAACGAUAUCAUAUCAUAACUAAAAUCAAAAAUGGCACAAUCCAGCAAGUCGCAAGAAAUUGAAAUUGCAACACCAUGGGGACAAAUAUCAGCAAAAACUUGGGGUCAUUCCAUAAACCAAGUUGUCUUACUUCUUCAUGGAUUGGAAGAUAAUGCAAAUACAUUCGAUGGAUUAAUUCCUUUAUUACCUCAAGAUUAUUAUUAUGUUAGCAUUGAUUUACCAGGACAUGGAAAAUCAGAUGUUUUACCCUCCUUAGGACUACCACUACAAGGUAUGGACUAUGUCUAUGUAAUCAAGAUGUUAUUUGACCAUUUCGCAAGAGAAAAGUACAUCAUAAUUGGACAUAGUUUUGGAGCAAUUUUAGGAAUGCAAAUUGGCUUUGUUUACCCAGAAAAAUUAGAAAAAUUGUUUAUCUUGGACACAUUAUGGUUCCAAAUAAUAAAACCGAGCGAGUUUGGAAAUUGGACUAGAAAUAAAUUUCAAGAAUUCGCUAAAAUUCAAAAUCAAAUUACUCGAAAUACAACCGUUUAUUUUACUUAUAAACAAGCUGAGGAUGUGAUGACCACUUGGAGAUAUUCAAAUUGUGAAUUAACCCCAAAAGCGACUGAAACAUUGUUGGAGAGGUCUAUUAAACAAGUUGGAAAUGACAAAUAUAGAUUUACAAGAGAUCCCAAGUUAAAAAGUUACCUUUGUUAUCCUUUGGAUGAACAAUACGCUUGUGAAAUGAUUAAAUCACAUAAUAUAACUUUUAAAAUUGUUGUUAUAGUAACUGAAAAAGCCGAGAUAUUUUAUAACGAAAAAUAUCCUAAUUUAGUGGAGGAAUACAAAAAAGUUGCAGAUUGGUUUGUUGUUAAAGGAAAUCAUCAUGUACACUUAAAUGAACCAAGUGUCGUUUCAAAUAUUAUUAAUCAAUUUUUAGAUGAAGCUUAUCCAAUUUAAUUAAAUAAAGAAUUUUAUUACACA